AUGCAGAAGCUCGGAUUUUCUGGCAUGAAGAGCUUGGAUCAUCUCAGAUCCGUCCAUGGAUCUCUUGCUGGAGCUGCGAAAACCUCUCAGAUCUCAAAUUCCCGGCUGUCCUCGGAUUCCAUCUCGCAUGGGAGCUUUGCCAAUCUAAAGCUCACCGCAGAGAGGUUGGUUAAAGAACAAGCUUCGGUGAAAACCGAUCUUGAAAUGGCGCACACAAGGCUAAAAAGAGCAACAGAGCAGAUACAUGUGCUAGAGGCCAAACUACAGCAAGCAGUCAAUGAAAAUGCAAAGCUUAAAGUAAAGCAAACAGAAGAUACAAAGCUCUGGAAGGGAUUAGAUUCAAAAUUUUCUUCAACCAAGAUGCUGUGUGAUCAGUUAACUGAAACAUUGCAGCACUUAACUUGUCAGACUCAUGCAGCUGAGGAAAAUAAGAACUUCUUUGAAGAAAAGCUUGCACACAGUUCAAAAGCUUUUGAUGAUUUGAACUGUCUUCAAAAUGAUUUGUCUGUGAAGUUAGAGUGUGCAGGCAACACAAUAAAUGCUGGGAAACAAGAGAUAUUGGAACUCAGGAGGGAGAAAGAAGAAAUGGAGAAAUAUUUCAGGGAUGAGCGCUCUGCAACUGAUAAUGUCAUAAAGGAAAAAGAUGCGGCUAUGAAACAGUUAGAAGAGAUUGUUGAAGAGAAAAAGGCACAUUUGGAGACUCUGGAAUCCCAUAUGCAAGAAAUGCAACAUGAAUUCAGUUUAAAAGAAGAUUCCUCCAAAUGCUUGAGAGCCACCCUAAGCAACCUGGAAGAUGAAAGAAAUGCUCUGCAACUUAGCAAUCAGAAUUUUGCGCAGAAAAUAGACAAAUCAUGCCAAGAGUUUAAGGAACUUGAAAUGCUGCUUAAUCACUUAGUGAUCCAACUAGUUGAAUCGAACAAAGACAGUGCAACCAUAUCAGAUCAGGUUUCUAGGCUAUUCUUGUCAUUUGGAGCUUACGACGAGUUGCUUCAGCAGGAGAAAUGUUUAGCUAUAAA